GGCGGGAGAGGAGCGGUGGGCGAGGAAACUCCAACUCCCAAGAAUGGUUCCUCAGAGCCAUUUUUCAUUUGGGAUGGAGAAUUCAAAAAGAUACGAACAGGCAUGAAGGAAUAGUGGAUUGCACUGCAAGAUGCAUGAUUUCCAUCCGUUAGCAUCUUCAGUUUAUUCCUUGGCCAAAAAAGAUAGUCCAAGAAGAAACAAAAAACUUCAGUUGUUCUGAAAUGAUAGAUUUGACUUAACCAGGUAUAUCUGCAGACUCUUCAGAAAAGUUUUUUGAGUUAAAGAGUUUAUGCCUGCUGAGAAACUGGCUUAAAGCUUCCAAAAUGAAGAUUUUGAUAAUGAUUGAUUUUGUCCUUGCAGCUAGCUUGAUGGAUGUCAUUGGCAGCUCUGAUUUACAGAAAUGUUUUCAAGAGCAGAUACGACUUCAGGGCCAGGUGAGGCUUCUGGAACAUCGUGUAAAACAGCAGCAGUUAAAAAUUAUACAGCUCUUAGAGAAGAAAGAGAUUCAGUACAAUGACAGAGAAGAUGAAAACAGUGUCAUUGACUUGGGAGGAAAAAGACAGUAUUCAGAUUGUGCAGAAAUCUACAAUGAAGGCCAUAAGCAAAAUGGAUUUUAUAAAAUAAAACCAAUCCAGAGUCCUAGAGAAUUCUUUGCGUUCUGUGACAUGUCUGAAGGAGGUGGCUGGACUGUGUUUCAGAGACGUUCUGAUGGCAGCCAGAAUUUUGAUAGGCUCUGGGCUGACUAUGAAGAAGGCUUUGGAAAUUUUGUUUUGAAAAAUGGUGAAUUUUGGCUUGGAAACAAAAAUCUUCAUUAUUUGACUAAUCAAGGGAAUUAUACUUUAAGAAUUGAUCUAACUGAUUUUGAAGGAGAACGGCGUUUUGCACAGUAUGCAAGAUUCAGAGUUGCAGGAGAAGAGCAUUCUUAUGAGAUGAGUUGUGGUGAAUACUCUGGUACAGCUGGUGAUUCCCUUACUGGUGGAUUUCAUCCUGAUGUGAAAUGGUGGGCUGAUCAUCGAGGAAUGAAAUUCAGUACUAGAGACAGGGAUAAUGACAACUAUGAAGGGAACUGUGCUGAAGAGGAAAAGGCUGGCUGGUGGUUUAACAGGUGUCACUCUGCCAACCUGAAUGGUUUGUACUACAGAGGUCCCUACACUGCCAAGACAGACAACGGGAUUGUUUGGUACACCUGGCAUGGGUGGUGGUAUUCCCUAAAAUCUGUUGUCAUGAAGGUCAGACCUGCAGACUUUGAAUGUAAUAUUGUUUAAAUAUUCUAUUAACAUGAUUCACCCGAUUAAUAUUUUAGGAAAUUCAUUCCAAAUUAAAAGGGGCAGAUUUUUACUUCUCAAUCUAUGCAUAUAUAAAUUUGGAAUAAUUCCUCUGCAAGCAGUAGUUUUGUGAGAUGUAAGUGAAAAGACAAGCUAGCCUAUGAACCUUUAGAUACAAAUAUUAAUGCUAAUGGGUCCAGGUAUUUUUUUAAAAAGGCAAGUGUUCACCUAGGAAUAAAGACAUCUUCAUUAGGAUGGCGAAUUUUUGGCUUUCUAGUAACUCCAAAUCCUUUCACCCUUAAAAACAACAGUAUUGUUACUGUGCUGUCUCAAAAAUGAAAAGUAAUUGUACUUACACAAUAAAAAAGCACCGACUCAAAUAGAUGCAUAAGGUUUACUCAGUGAAUGGAACAUGCCUGCUUUGGAAAGGUUCAAGACUUUAGAAAUGAGUUUCCUGUAAAUCCCUCUGAUGCAAAGGUUGUGUGUGUUGUGUACAUAGUAUACAUAAAAGGUUUAAAGAAUGAGGCAGGGAACUGAAGAAAGAGAAGGGGUGCUGCCAGGGUACAAUCUACAUAGAGAAGUGGAUUCUCUUGUUUGCCAAGGCAUUUCUAGGGCUGGUCACAACAUUUCAAUCAUUUUCACAUGUUUCAAAACAUUUUUAGAUGGUUGGUAAUUAUGCUUUUCUCUUUCUUGGUAACCAUAAUGCUUUGUCUUUUUCUUUUUUUCUUUUUCUUCUUUUUUUCUUUUUCUUCUUUUUCUUUUCCUUUUUCGAUUUUACAACUCUCUAAUUUUGAAUAUCCUGUCCAGUCACUUCCUCUCCUUUCCCUCUAUACUCAUCUAAGCUCUCUGGGCUUUUCUCCAUCUCAAGUUGCACAUCUAUAUUUUUCUUGUACAAGAAUAAUGGUAAGAGAGACUUUGCCUAUCCCUGGCUUUUGUGCCUGGCACAACAAUAGACUCUAAUAGCCAGUAAUAACAAGAGCUGCUGAAUAGUGCUUGCUGCCAUGGAGAAGAUAGGAAUACUCUCUAGAAAGCUAUCCAGUGAAAUGUAGUCCAUUUCUGCUGGGCAGAUGCAAAUGAAGACUUCAAAGAAAAUAUGGACCUAAACUUGCUUUCCUAAAACAGUUUUGCUUCUGUGGUUGAACUGCCACUCUCUCUCCCCCUGUCCAAAUACAGUUUUGAACGGGGCAGCCGCUUUCAAUCAUGCUUAAAAUAAUUGAAACUAAGAUUUGGUAAAGGUCAAUUUAUAACUACAUUGUUAUGAAUACAGGACAGCUGAAUUGUAACUCUCUGCACGGCAAUUUUCCCUUCCAUGUUCAUCCUCCCGAAACAAAAGUUUGUAAAGAAUCCUUGAGACAAUUGCAUGGAAUAAGGGAGGGAGGAUGUUUGUAACAACUGGGGGGAAGAAAGAGAGUUCUUAUGAAACAAUCUCACUCAAUAAGAUAAAUCAUGCUACACCUAAACAAAAAAAAACCCAAAAAAAAGUGUGGAGAAAAAACAGGGUUCAGGUAGCUAAAAUCAUGUUAUAAAAAAUCAUGUAAAAAUUGUGCCAAUGAAAAUCUGCAGUAAUGAUGUUUUAAGGUCUCUUCUUUUAGUGGUAAUAGCAGAUAUUCUAGAUAAUCCAGUCUUUUUCUCGAUGUAUCAACUGAUACUGUGCUAGAGAAUUCUAGCCUUUAGCACGUCCCUGUGAGGGGAGAGAGGACCAAUGAACAGUUAUUCAACUGUUUAUUUUGAACUUUGUUUAAUUAGUUACACCAAAUUACAUUCAGUAUCUGGGAGGAAGGCCCCUCAUGUGUGUGUAAGGGGAGAAAGGGGGAGGGAGGGAAGUAGAGAGAGAGAGAAGUAGAGAUAGUAAGAGAAAUUCAACAUUAAAACAGAAAAUCUGAUAAAGUAUUUUUAUUCAAUUUUAUUACAUAACUUAAAUUGGGUUCCUAUGUAACUAUGCGUAUGUCUGUAGGUAUGGUUUAUUAAUAAUGUGAUGGAAGUUUUGGAGUAGUUUAAAAAAUGUUGUAAGUACAGUAUUCCCCAUAAUGAUUUUCAAAUUCUUUUUCCAAUCUAAGAGGAGAAAGCUUUAAUUAUUUGGGAAAAAAAACCCAGAAUGCCAUUAUGUGGAAAUUGCAAAAACAUCUUUAGUUUUUCACAGGAAAAUGGAAAGAUUAACUCAUGAAUUUGGAAAGUAUCAAGGCAGAUCAUAUUCUACCAAAAUAAAAGACAAGGAGGAUUUAUGCAUAGGAAAGUUGGAUUUUUAGUACACAAAAAAAAAAAAAAGACUUUCAAAAUUUACAGACUGUGUUCAUAAUAUCUAUGAUAAUUUUUAAUAUACUGCAGCAUAAAUCUAUCAUCUUUAUUUAUAAUAACCCUAAUGAAAUAUUUUGGCUGAGUUAGGGUGCUUUUGACAUAUUCUGAUAUAAAAUUUCACUCCUUUUCUAUACUGUAAAUCAUAAAAUGAAGAAAACUCAAGUCUGUCUUUUUGUACAUCUUCAAAUGCACUUAGAUGUUUAUUUGGACUGAAUGGUCUUCUGAACAAGGAAGUAUCUAGCAUACUGUCAGCAAUAUUCAAAUAUUGUAUUUCAUUUCCACCACUUUUCCAUGGCCUUUCUUUGUGCAAUAAAUCUUUCUGACCACAUGAAAAGCAUGUGAAAGUGUUGUAAUUCAAAAUGGUCAAAUAAUUGUUCUUAAAUAAACAAAUAAUUUCUUUUCAAAAGGGAAGUUUUAAUAGCUACCAGGCAAGACACAAGGUUGGAAGAGAAUUCUUUCCUCUGCCAGGCUUGCCUGUUCACAUGAAUUUAUUUUCUCAACAGGUACAAACGUGUUCUAAAUAGUCUUUAUUAUUACAAGAUAGCAGAACACAGGCCAGUUUAUUUGUUCUGGUGUUAGGCAGAACAUUGUUCCCAAACAGCUGAAAAUGAAUACAUACUAUUUCAUAUAAAUCAUAUGACCCAGAAGAAGAAGAAGAAUUGAGAAAAUAACAAGAAAAAUGUUUUGUUAGUCAUGUUAA